AUGGCAGGACCAGAGGCUACAUCACCCAGAAAGCACCAGCACCGAAGACAUUCAACUGAAGUCCACCGGGACUUCGUGGCACAAGUCCCCGAAUAUCAUCGAAGACAAAGUAUCAGUGUCAGCAAAAAGCAGCCUGAUGGUGUCGACGCUAGCAUUAGCUUGAGUGAAUUCUGGGCCGGUGUAGCCAUCCAAGAAGAAUCCGACAAUGCCCUCAAGAUUGGUGUAGCAAUCCACGAUGGCACAUACAGCAUCGACUUUGCCGUCCAUCGCAUAUCCUUGGACGACAAAGCGGAAAACGGCAACGACUGGAUCGCCGAUCAUAUCAUCAGUGAACUAUUCGCCUACAGAAAGGAGCACCUGUGCAAGCUUCUUGGAGCCGGUGUCACUCUAGACCUGUUCAAGAAGAGUCCGACCCUUUGCUCCAGACUUUGGGCAGAAUUGGACAUCGUCCCGUUUGUGCUUGAGUCGAAUCCACUUCUUCCAAUCAAGCAGGCACAGGCGCAGAAGAGACUGAUCGCCGUGGACGAAAUUGCCGACUCGGCUGCAAGAAAAUGCUUGACGUUCUUUGCGCCAACAAAGCAACCACGACUGUCAAUCAACUAUCAGAACCAAGUCGAGGUCGAUCUGGCCGGCAUGAUACAAUUGACCACUCUUGAACAAUACGAAAAGUCCGUUCGAGAGCCGACCUGGAGAGCGGUGCAGAAGCACAUCAAGGAUGUCAAGGAUCGUAACCUCCGAGUUGCCUUCUUCAGUGCCACACCACAGGGCGGCGGUGUUGCGCUUAUGCGUCAUGCACUCCUCAGAUUUCUGACUCAACAGGGCGUGAACGUUGAAUGGUUCGUGCCGAAGCCAAGACCAGACGUCUUCCGCAUCACAAAGACCAACCACAACAUCCUUCAGGGUGCUGUUCCCCCCGACGUUCGUGCUACGGACGAACAGCUCGGUAAGAUCAAGGAGUGGAUCCAGGAGAACGCGGUACGCUUCUGGCUGUCCGGUGAUGGCCCGCUGAGCAAGCCCGAGGACGGAGGCGCCGAUGUGAUCAUCAUUGACGACCCUCAAAUGCCUGAGCUCAUUCCCAUUGCAAAGAGGGAGGCACCCAACCGCCCGAUCAUCUUCCGAUGUCAUAUUGAGGUCCGCGAUGAUCUAGUGCUAAAGGACGGCAGCGCGGCACAGCACGUCUGGCGCAACAUGUGGUCCAGCAUCAAGCAGGCAGACAUCUUCCUCAGUCAUCCUGUCCGCUCGUUUGUGCCGCCUGAUGUGAAAAAGGAGACUUUGGGAUGGCUUCCUGCAACCACUGAUUGGUUGGACGGUUUGAACAAAUCGAUGGAUCACUGGGACCUGCAAUAUUACUUACACGUGCUGAGACAAGCAUGUAUGUCGCAGAAUCUGCCUCAACUCGCAUACCCUGAACGAGGAUAUUUCACUCAAGUCGCCCGGUUUGAUCCAUCCAAGGGCAUUCCAGACGUCAUCAAAAGCUAUGCGCGGUACCGGGAGCUCAUGAAGGAGAAUCCAGAGGCGCCGACCCAUCAACUCGUCAUUUGCGGUCACAGCUCGAUUGAUGAUCCUGAUGGAACUGCAAUCUACGAUGAGACGAUGGAUACGAUCAAAGAGCAUCACUCGGACCUUGUGGACGAUAUUGUGGUUGUUCGACUAGGACCGAGCGAUCAGAUUUUGAAUGCCAUCAUGUCGCUAUGCACCGUGGCUCUACAACUUUCCACCCGUGAAGGUUUCGAGGUUAAGGUGUCUGAGGCGCUGCAUAAGGGCAAGCCUAUCAUUGCGACACUCGCAGGAGGUAUCCCACUUCAAGUCGAGGAUAGCAAGAGCGGAUACUUGGUCGAGAGAGGCGAUCACGAAGCUGUGGCGAAGCAUCUGUACGACCUCGUCACCGAUCAUGAUCUGUACCAGAAGAUGAGCGACUACGCCAUGCACCAUGUCAGUGAUGAGGUGCACACGGUCGGCAACGCUCUCAGCUGGAUGUUCCUGGCCUCGUCUGUGGCUGGUGGAGAGUCGCUCAAGCCGAAUGAGAGAUGGAUCAAUGAUCUGGCUCGUGAAGCGGCGAACGAGCCAUACAAAGAGGGUGAACCACGUCUACCUCGACACCUGUCGACGUGA